UUUCGAGGGAUUGCGUGACUAAAGUACACUGGGCUGUCAAGGGGGAGGAACGGUAUUAAGUCCAAUCAAAGAGUAAGCAGACUGCGGCGAGGACAGAGAGAGAGAGCGAGAUAGAGAUUUGUUCCAUUGUUCGGCAACUGUCUUUACACAAAAAUAUGCCAGGAUACACAAUCACAUAUUUUCCUGUGAGAGGGAGAUGUUCGGCUAUGCGAAUGCUUCUGGCUGAUCAAGGAGAGACGUGGAGCGAGGAAAUUGUGACCGGGGAGAAUUGGCUUGGAAUAAAGGAUUCUUGUGUCUUUGGGCAACUUCCAAAAUUUCAAGAUGGCGAUUUUGUUCUCUUCCAAUCCAACGCCAUCUUACGAUAUCUUGGCCGCAAGUACGGAUUAUACGGGAACAAUUCGGAGGAAUCGGCGAUGAUUGACAUGUUUAAUGAUGGAGUUGAAGAUCUUCGAUUAAAAUACGUCACUCUGAUCUAUAAAGAUUACGAGACUGGAAAGGACAAGUUUGUAAAAGGCAUUGCAGACGAGUUGAAAUGGUUUGAGAAGAUUUUGGAAAAUAACAAUGAUGGGCAAAGAUUUAUACAUGGUAACCAGAUUUCCUUUGCAGAUUACAACCUUGUUGACCUUUUGAGCAAUCUGGAGAUUUUGGUACCUGGAUGUCUGAAAGAAACGCCUUUAAUUGAUGCCUAUAACAAGAGGGUAAAAUCUCGUCCGAAUCUGCAAGCUUAUUUACAGAGCGAUGCUCAUCGUAAACUCCCUAUCAAUGGAAACGGCAAAACAGUAAUCUACCCUCCCCUCCUCCCCCUCCUUCCUUCCCCCCCCCCCCUCCCUUCCUCUCCCCUUCCCCCCUCUCCCCUUCCCCCCUCUCCUUUCCUCCCCUCUCCUCCCGCAGCGCUCUCUGCUCUCAACCUACAUGAAGAAAAUUAACUUGAAUUUCAAGAUUCAAUAUCAUUAAUUGUUAACUUACAACAAGCUAUUAAAAUCUACUUUGAGAUGAACAAUA